AAUUAGGGUUUCGAAUAGGUUUUCGAUUCAAUGAAGAAUUGGUGGGAUGAAGGGUUGGUUUAUCAAAGCGAUCCAGAUGACCCCGAUUUCGAUCCUCCAGACAGUUCUCUCGAUGCCGACGGUGGAAGCGAUAGCAGUGAAAGCGGAGUUGAGGGCGAUUGUGAGAGUGACAGAGAGAAUGAUGACAGAGAGAAUGAUGGAGACGAAGACAGAGCCGAUGACGGAGACGACGACAGAGCCGAUGACAGAGCCGAUGACGGAGACGACGACAGAGCCGAUGACAGAGCCGCUGACGAAGCCGCUGGCGAAGACGACGGAGGUGAUGGAGAAGAUGACAGAGCUGAUGACGGAGCUGAAAGCAGUAAGAAGAGGAAGAGGGGAAAAGAGAAGAAGGAUGUGCCUGAAGAAGAUUUGGCCGAGAGGUUUGAGUUCGAGAUAGAGGAAGCAGUAGCUAAUUGGUUUGAUGAGUUUCAGAUUCGAAGGAAUCAAAUUCCAGAAGAUGAAAAUGAAGAUGAAGAUCCUGUGAUCACUAGAGAUAGGAAAAUUAGGUUAGCUUCGGAUGAUAAGUUAGCUAUAGGCAGAACAUUCUUCACUGGUUUUGAGUUUAAAGAGACGGUGUUGCAUUAUGCAAUGAAGCAUAGGAUAAAUGCUAAACAAAGUAGGUGGGAGAAGGAUAAAAUUAGCUUUAGGUGUGCACAAAGAAAGGAGUGUGAAUGGUAUGUCUAUGCCUCAUAUGAUAAUGAUAGGCAGUUGUGGGUUGUAAAGACCAAAUGCUUGGAUCAUAAGUGUACUUCUAAUGGAAAAUGCAAGCUGCUGAAGAGGAGAGUGAUUGGGAGAUUGUUUAUGGAUAAACUAAGGUUGCAGCCUAAUUUCAUGCCUCUUGACAUUCAGAGGCAUAUCAAGGAGCAAUGGAAGCUGGUUAGUACUAUAGGACAAGUGCAAGAUGGAAGACUACUAGCUCUGAAGUGGCUGAAAGAAGAAUAUGCUCAACAGUUUGCUCACCUCCGAGGAUAUGUGGCAGAAAUCAUGACUACAAACCCAGGAUCAACUGCAAUUGUUGAUACCAUUCCUGAUGCCAAAGGAAAUGAUGUCUUUAACCGGAUAUAUGUAUGUCUUGGAGCAAUGAAGAAUGCAUUCUACUACUGUAGGCCACUCAUUGGGAUAGAUGGAACAUUUUUGAAGCAUGCGGUUAAAGGAUGUCUAUUCACUGCUAUUGCUCAUGAUGCUAACAACCAAAUUUAUCCAGUGGCUUGGGCAACUGUUCAGUCUGAGAAUGCAGACAAUUGGCUCUGGUUUUUGAAUCAGCUCAAGCAUGACUUGAACCUAAAGGAUGGCAGUGGCUAUGUGGUCAUAUCAGAUCGUUGCAAGGGAAUUAUUAGUGCUGUCAAGAGUGCAUUGCCAAAUGCUGAACACAGACCUUGUGUGAAGCAUAUAGUGGAGAACCUGAAGAAGAGACAUGGAUCAUUGGAUUUGCUGAAGAAGCUUGUCUGGAAUUUAGCAUGGAGUUACAGUGACUCACAAUACAAAGCUAAUCUCAAUGAGAUGAGAGCUUACAGCAUGUCCUUGUAUGAGGAUGUCAUAAAGGAAGAACCAAAGAAUUGGUGUAGAGCUUGGUUUAGACUAGGCAGCUUUUGUGAGGAUGUGGACAACAAUGCAACAGAGUCUUUCAAUGCCACAGUUGUCAAAGCUAGGGCCAAAGCAUUGGUUCCUAUGAUGGAAACAAUUAGGAGACAAGCAAUGGCACGUAUAAGUAAGAGAAAAGAGAAGAUUAGCAGAUGGAAGAAGAAGACAUCUGAGUAUGUCUCAGACAUUCUGGAAGAAGAGUGGGAAAUUGCUGUGCAAUGUGAAGUGACGAAAGGAACACAUGGAAAAUAUGAGGUUUGGAAAGAUGGGAGCUCUAAUGCUGUGAACUUGACCACUGAUCAGUGGGACUGCUCAUGCUGUAAAUGGCAAGUCACAGGGAUUCCAUGUGAACACGCCUAUGCAGCAAUCAAUGAUGUGGGUAAGGAUGUUGAAGACUUUGUGGUUCCAAUGUUUAACACUCACACUUGGCAAGAACAAUAUGAGACCGGGCCUGAGCCAGUUAGAGGGCAAAUGUAUUGGCCUACAGGUUUAAGGUUAAUAACUGCACCUCUCGAAGAUCCUGUUCCACCUGGGAGAAAGAAAGGUGAGAAAAAGAAUUACAAUCGGAUCAAGGGUCCAAAUGAGUCACCAAAGAAGAAAAAGAAGGGUGAACCAGAGAAACUAAAACUAGGAAGGAAAGGAACAACAAUGCAUUGCAGAUCUUGUGGUGAAGCAGGUCACAAUGCAGCUGGAUGUAAGAAGUUCCCUAAGGAGAAGAAGAGUAGGAAGAAGAAGAAUCAAGAUGAUGAGGCUGCUGGAUCGUCUCAACCACCAAAAGAGAAGAAGAAUACUAAGAAGACCAAGAAGAGUCAAGGGACAUCUACCUCUCAGCCUACAAUAGAGCAUCAAGAAACAACUCAGGGACCAGAUACAAUCACACUAACACAGAGAAGCAGUCAAUGGGAGCCGUGGGAGUAGUUCUAGUUGUUGAUUGGUUUAGAUUGUCUGGAUGUUGUCUUUGGAACAAUCUUCAUCCUCUUUUGUCUAUUUUUGGAUGUUGCCUCUUUCACAUUACAAAACAAAGACAAAACAGAUUC